AUGGAAAUUUACGCUAAACACAUCGAAGUACUUUGCGAGUUAGGAAACGAUGGCUCGCUGAUCUUGCGGUCAGGAGUGAUGCCCGAAUUUGCGAGGACCAGUAAACCAAGACAGGAUGGGACCGUCGCUAAAGCCGCACAAAACAAGGAUCACGAAGUUGGGGAACACACUGGAAGAGCUGAUAGAAAGCUCCCAACAUAUGGUAGCUUUCGAAAUCCCCAUCACGGAGAACGAAGAAGAGUCAAUGGAUCUCCUACGAACCAGGAUAAAAUCAAUACAGCACCGCCACACCAACAUCUCCACUACCAAAACAGCACUGGAGCAGCGGUAACUAGUUACCACGAAGCCUUUAACUCAUUGGACAGCAACUCCCAGCAAGAAGAGAGAACAUCCCAAGAGACGUACGUCGAACGCGCUUGGGAUUUAACAGCGACGGCACUCUCCCUUCUUAACAAACUGGACGAAAAGGAGACAGAACUUUCCUCCAGACUGGAUAAUUUUGCCCAAGCGGCAAGAAGAAGAGAGAGACAACUCAAAGCCGUCAACACACCUCAAGCAUCCAACGAGUCGUCAAGAUGGACAACGCCGCCACCGUCCACCCAGCUGCAAUCAAUGCUGCCGAGGCUACAACUUCCCAAGUUUAGCGGAAGACGCGAGGAAUGGGGGUCCUUUUGGGCCAUAUUCCAAGUCACCGUGGACGAACAGCCAAUCCCCACGAUGAUCAAGUUUAACUAUCUUCUCCAAUCACUCGCAGGAGAGGCUAAGCAAACGGCAGCGCAGUUUCAGGUGGUAGAAGCAAGCUAUCAACUCGUCAUCAAAACACUUAAAAGCAAGUAUGGCGAAGACACGUCCAUAAUCGAAGACUUAUUGCUGCAACUCGAAACCACCAGGGCUGAUGGAACAUCCACCAAACAACAGGCAAACCUGCUGGAACGGGUUACAGCCAUUCUGACACAAUUAGCCGCGAAAGGUCAGGAUGUUAAUCAAAGACUAGUGCUUAACCUAGUCUUACGAAAAUUCAUCGCCGAAGUGCAAGCGAAAGCACUCGAAAGGCGAGAAAAGCUUUCAGAUCAGCAGUGGACAUGGUCAGUUCUCCAAAAAGACCUACAAGACAUCAUUAACACGAAAAAAAAGGAUAGAAAGGAGUCAAGAGCGAUCACAAAGCCUCAUAUACCACCUCCACCCCUCAGAGGAGAGGGUCAGGAGAGACGCCCGAUACCAGCCUGCAUCUACUGUAAACGAAGUAAUCAUCGAUCAGUGGAAUGCAGGACAGUUCCAAUUUUGGAGCGGGCAGCGUUCUUGGCGAGGAAUCAGCUGUGCACAAACUGUGGAAAACCAAAUCACACAGCACAGAACUGUAGGAGUCAAGGAUGCUUCAGAUGUGGACUCAAGCACCACUCAUCCACAUGUCGAAGACUAUUACCACCGCCAAACCACGAACAAUCUACAGGGACAACAACGAAGCCCCAACAAAUCAAUCAGCCAGCUCGAAUAAUUCCCACAUCCAACGUUGCACGAAUGCAGCAAAGAGGAACAACACAAGCCACACAUAGGCAAACCAGACAAAACCUGGUCACCAUAGAAGAAGAUAGUGAACCAGAAAGGGUGAGCGAUUCCCAAGACGAGAGCAGAGUCGACCAUGUAAGGGAAAGCAAUACCCAGAAAACAGGAGCACUCCUCUUAACAGGAACCGCCACCAUACAAGGACCCACAGUCCAGACAAGUCCAAGUAGAGGGAACCUCCAAUCUACGCCUCAAGACGUUUGGAACGAACCUGGCAAAAGAGGAACAGCACCGUAUAGUACAUGUGGAUUUAGUGGACAGGAUAGGACGGCGGAACCACAGCUCACAGACGAAGACUUGAGCUACAUAAAAGAACACGGUCUACAUCUAUCAAGAAAGACCAACAAAGACAUUCAACCACGCGUUCUCUUAGGCUGCGACUACCUAUGGGAAUUGAUGGAGAACGAAAAGUACAACUUACCCUCGGGCAUGCAUCUCAUUGGGACGAAGUUUGGAUUCAUGCUCUCAGGAAAAAAGAAAAAACCUGUGAGGAAAGCAGUAGCCACUACAUUACAAACCAGUAGCGAAGAUAACGAGUUAGACAUAUAUGAUAACUACUGGAAGAUGGAAUCUUCAGGGAUCGAAGAAUACACAGGAACUGAGAAAGAAGACAAGCAGAUCCAAGAGGACCGAAUUCUCAAGAAAUUCAAGGAAACAAUCGUAAGAAAACCAGAUGGCUAUUAUGUACGGCUUCCAUGGAAGGAGCCUCACGAAUACCUACCAGAUAACAGAUCCAUUGCACUAGCCAGAUUGAAGUCGCUGCUUAGACAGUACGAAGACCGCAAAGAAUUCCUACAGGAGUUCGAUAACAUCUUCAAAGAUCAACUCCAGAAAGGGAUUAUCGAAGUAGUCGAAGAAGAGGCCGGCAAACCUCGACCUAAAGGCAAAAUCAUCCACUAUCUGGCACAUCAAGCAGUGGUCUUGGGGAUCGAAUGGCUCACUAACGACGACAUAUUAGUAGCCAGAUGCGACGGAGAACCGCUGACAAGAGUAACGAAACGAGCGGUACUACACGUCAACGCAUCAGUUUUCAAUCCAUUAGGCUGGCUCACACCGCUCAUGGUGCGAAACAAACACUUCUUCCAACAGUUGUGGCUAAAACCAUAUGGAUGGGACGACUUGCUCUCUGAAGAGGACCAGGAGCAAUGGAAGAAGUUGUGGGAAUCCAUUGCAGGCUUCACGAAGCAGCUACCGAGAAAACUAGGGACGAAGCAAGGAAACUACCAACUAAUAGCCUGCAGUGACGCCAGCACCUACGCGUUAGCAGCAGCUGUUUACAUUAGGCAAGGAACCGAACAGCACCUGCUGAUUGCGAAGUCGAAAUUACCCUCGUUAAAGAUGCCACAUACAAUCCCGAAGCUGGAAAUCAACGCCUUGACGAUAGCAGGAAGGCUGUUGUUAUCCACUUUCGAAGAACUGAAGAAAACCAUCAACAUAAACACAGUUUAUCUCCUAUCAGACUCGGAAAUAGCCUUGAGUUGGCUGAAGAACGAAAGCCCACAGAAGGCUACAGGAGUCUUAGUAACAAAUAGAAUCAAAGAAAUUACGAAAAUAGCGAAGAAACUAGAGCAGGAAGGGGUAAACACCUAUUUCGGCUACAUAAACACGAAGAUAAACCCAGCGGACUGCGCCACACGAGGUCUCACAGCCGAGGAAUUUCAACAUCACAUAUGGUGGGAUGGCCCUUCGACCUCACUUACGGACGAAAACGCCAUUUAUGAAGGGCUAGAACGAUUCCAAUCACCCCCUGAUCCUGCUGAAGUAUUGCAAAUCUCGAAUGCGGGUCACCCACUCAUACAGGAGGAACGGUUUAGCUCGCUUCGAAGACUGAAAACCAUAGCGUACGUUGGCAAAUUUCUGAACAAAUUGGCGAAGAACUUACCAGAGGAAUCGAAGCAGAAAAUCAGAAGAGCCAGUGGAAUUCAGGAAGCUACGGAUAUACUCCAAGGAGCAGAUCUAAUGCAAGCAGAAAGGACUAUUAUUAAGCUCCACCAGAAAGAACACGAAGCUGUAAUAACAGCCAACGAACAACGAAAACUCAACAUUACCAGAGACGACAAAGGUAUCUGGAGAUGCUUCGGAAGAUUAGGCAACAGUUGCCUGCAAGAAGAUGCCAAAAACCCCAUUUUCAUCGCGCCGAACACGCAUUUAGCGAAGCUCAUAAUCAGAGAACGGUAA